GGGAAACUAUUGACAGAAAUGGCGGUAGUGCCAGACGUAAUAAAUGAUUUGAUUGAAUCCAACUGUAUUGGCCAUUUUACAAAGCUAUUAAUGAGAGAGGAAGAUAUUUUCAUGCAGGAAUACCUUUCUGCAGUGCUCGCAAAAUUAUCCGAAGAUCCAUACGGUAAUGCUCUUCUGGCAAAUCAUUUAAACGCGAGCAUUCUUUUUGAAAGAUUUCAAUCACCAGAUCCGGAUAUAAAAAAGCAUAAUCUCGAGAUUUUGCAUAAUUUAAUGCAUGAUCCUAUAGCUGCAUAUGAAAUUUCAAAAAGCAAGAAAUUUAAUUUUUCUGCGCUGUAUCAACACUUUGAAUCAUCGUAUCCAGAAAUUCAACAUCUUGCGCUAGACGUAACUGCUGAUUUAAUCGGCAGGAAUAAAGAUAAAGAUAUACAAUCUUUAUUUCAUGAAACAAACGGAGUUAAAAUGCUACUAGAUUUUUUGAAAAAUGACGAGUGGAAUGAUUUGCACGUUAAAGCUCUAAACAUAUUACGUUUUGCUGCCGAAAAUCCAGUUGUCGUAGAUGAACUUAUUGAAAGUGGAAGUAUUCCACAAAUAUUAUAUUACAUAAAGCAUAUGGAAAAUCCGAAACUUUUUAUAGAAGCGCUCAGAAUUCUUGUACAUGUUGCAAAUACCUUCAAGGGAAGAAAAGAUUAUCUGUGGCAAAUGUUAAAACACUCGAUAGAACAAGUUCCUGUAGAAACUUGUAUUGUUGCUCUUGAAGUUCUGCUUGCCAUGGCACGACAUCUAACUUUCAGAGAUACAAUGAUUAAUUUUGACACUAUUGACACAAUUUGUUUGCUUUUAGAGUCAACUUAUCCAUUUGUCGAUGAAUUUAAAAUCGCUUGCUGCAAGUUACUUUCUGCACUAUGCUUAGAAGAAAGUGGACGGCAUUAUUUUCUCAAAGCAAAAGGAUUCCAAAGAAUAUUCACUUUCAUUACUGAUGCUUAUUCAGUUUCAGUAAGAAACGCUACGCUACAGUUAAUACAAGCAAUUUCUACAGAUUUAACUGUAGCAAAAUUCUUCGUAGAAAAUAAAUAUCUUUUGUACAUGUUGAAUAAUCGUUUAUCUUCAAAAACGAUUCCUUUAUGGGACACUUGCAUUGAGAUUCUUCUUAAAUCGCAUUUACCGACUAAAUUCGCUCUUACGGGACGCUUGCCUUUACAUGAUCUUACUCAGAAUGGAUUUUAUGUCUCAAAAACGAAUAUAUGCCCAUCUCCCAUAUUGGAUGAUAUUUUCCGAAUCAAAUUUUGUUCCUUAGAGCCCAUUUAUGUGGUAAAUUAUUUGCAAUUAUCAACAUCGAACACUUUACAGAACGAGAUCACUUUCGAAAGAGACAUAAAUGCGUGGCUCGAAUCGAACUUCGGUCGAUUGCAAUGUGAUCCACAUUUUUCUGAAUAUGUGGAACUUUUCAAACGUAUGCUCUUAGCAAAGGAAUCAAAAGAUGUUCCAGCAACAGAAAGAAAUAUAGAUCGAAAUAUCCAAUACGUUCUCUCGCGUGCAAAAAUGUUAGCUGUAUUUGUGGCGCGUCAAAUGUCUGGUGUCGAUUCAGCGGGAAUUAGGUACAUCGAUCAGCAACUUGAAGUUCAUUUGAAGCAAAUUAAGAAAUGUUUAGAAACGAACAUGAUUCCGCUUGGGCAACUUCGUGUUGGUUCUUAUCUCGAGCGAGCUAUGCUUUUCAAGGCGAUAGCUGAUAGAAUAUGCCUUCCAACAGCUUUCGUACGUGGGGAAUACGGUGUCUCAUGGAUUGAAAUAGCCAUACCUCAAAUGGAAAACUCAAAUGAAGAAGGAUUAUUUGAUGCUCAUUUGGAUGAAAAUAAUGAAGAUUAUGAAAAAAGAAUUAUGACCGAAUUAUUAGGCAAGUCAAAUGUCUUCACAUAUCAGAACGGACAUGAGAGAGAAAAAAUUUCUCUCUCUCGAAAUUAUCAAUCAACGAUUUACCCAACCAAGCUUAUGAAACCAAAUUUUAUCGUUGAUUUGAUGGAUACACCGGGAGAUUUGAUCCCAAUCGGAAGUCCUCGUUCAAAAGUAUAUACAAUACUAUAUUAA